AGCUUGUUUGUGACCUGCCUCUCUCGGGCUCACUCUGUGACUAAAGACAGCAGGUUACUUCAUCAUUGGCCCGGUCUGAUUUGAUUUGAUUGCUUCUGCCUCCAUGGACUGAUAACAACAUUUCGGAAGUCACAGCGCUCCUUAAAUUGCUCCCCUCGUUUUCUCGUCUAUUUCUUUCUCCUUCUCAUCCUCUUCUCUUAUUUUUAUUCACUCAACGCUUGAAUGGACAAGUCUGAGCGGAUGCCUGAGGCUUGUGGCCCCCCGACGGGCAAUGAACAAGUCACCGAGGCAACAGCGGCUAGUUCCAAACGGUUCGGCUGCAGCUGUGUGCAUCGCUGGCUUCCCCUGGCCUACAGAGAGGAGCUCUACCAUGUCCUGCACCUAACUGGGCCUCUGCUCAUCUCCAGGAUCCUUAAUUUCCUUCUUCCAUUUGUCAUCACAAUAUUCUGCGGUCAUCUUGGAAAUGCUGAACUUGCUGGAUAUGCCUUGGCCUCUGCGACUAUUAAUGUGACCACAACCGCCACAGGAUGUGGACUUGCUCUCGCCUGCGACACGCUUGUCUCUCAGACAUUUGGCAGUAAGAAUCUAAAGCGAGUGGGGGAAAUACUUCAGAGGAGUAUACUCAUCUUAUUGCUCUUCUGUCUGCCAUGCUGGGCUAUACUCAUCAAUGCUGAGUCAAUACUUCUCGUUCUGAAGCAGGAACCUGAGGUGGCAAGGAUUGCACAUCUGUAUGUUAUGGCUUACCUCCCUGCUGUUCCUGCCAUGUUUCUGCACCAUUUGCAGGUGUCUUAUCUGCAGAACCAGGGCAUCAUCCUGCCCCAGAUGUACACAGCAGUUGUUGCCAACAUUUUAAAUGUAGCGACAAACUACGUCCUGCUUCGUGUACUAAACCUGGGAGUGAUGGGCUCUGCUGCAGCCAACAGUAUCUCACAGAUUUCCAUCUCCCUCCUGCUGUUUGCCUACAUACGCUGGAAAAAGCUGCAUGUCAAGACAUGGGAUGGCUGGUCUACUGUAUCACUGCAGGAGUGGGGCUCUUACAUGAAGUUGGCUAUACCCAGCACCCUCAUGCUGUGCUUUGAAUGGUGGAUUUAUGAGAUUGGAGGCUUCCUUGCAGGAAUGCUGGGAGAGGUGGACCUUGCUGCUCAACACGUGCUGCUGGAGUUAGGGGCCAUUACUUACAUGUUUCCGUUAGGUGUGCACGCAGCUGCCUGUGUUCGUGUGGGAAAUGCACUGGGGGCCGGAGACACUAACAGGGCCCUGCUCACCAGUAAAAUGACUCUUGUGAUCUCAGGAAUUUUGGCUGUUUUUCAGGGAAUCAUUCUGGGUUCAGCAAAGUCUGUGGUGGGCUACAUCUUCACCUCUGAUGAGAGCAUAGUAAAGAUUGUCUCAGAAAAUCUCACUCUCUAUGUUUUUCUGCAGUUUUUUGAUGCUCUUGUGUGCGUGUCUUCAGGCAUUCUUCUGGGUGCUGGGAAGCAGAAAAUAGCUGCAGUGUCCAACUUGAUCUGUUACUACUGCAUUGGGUUACCAGUGGGAAUAGCACUGAUGUUUCUGGCUGAGCUCAGGAUACUUGGACUGUGGCUUGGCCUGUUGAUUUGUGUCAUUAUUCAGACCUGUUUCUUCACUACUCUUAUCUUCAAGCUCGAUUGGAAGAAAGUGACGGAGCAGGCGCAGAAACGUGCAGGCAAAAAUGCAAAGGUGGUGUUUGUGCGGCAGAACCCGUCAAUCGGACAAUCGGUGGUUGAUACGCUGGUCUCCGAAGGGCAGAAUGAUGAACAAACGCCUGACACUGGAGCUUCUGCAUGUAUACCAGAACCAUGGGAUGACAUCACUGGGAACAAAGCACAGCUAUCAAGUAACAGCUCUGAAGCAGUCGGGUACAUGAAAGUGAGCACUCAAGAUCAGGAGAAAGCUGAAAGUGGACUAACGCUGGCGAGUGAAACUGGAGAAGCUCCACAUAAAUUACUGCUCUCUAUGAACCAGCUUGUGCUGAGAAGAGGACUGACGUUGUUGACUGCUGUCUUGAUUCUGAUAGCUGGAAUAGCUAUCCAUAUAACCUGUCCUCUUCCAGAGCCUUUCAUUCCACCUCACAGCAACCUAACAAUCAACUGGAGUAACUUCUCCACCCCUGACACCUUUAUCAACACUACAGCGAGUUCAAUUUACAUGUAACUCUGUUCAUCUUGCC